AUGAUUGUCGAUGAAGUCAACCACGCGGGGAAUCAGGAUAACGCCCACCUGGUUUGCACGCCCAUUCGCUGCACUUUUGAGGGAUGUCGACAAGGCCUGUUUGACUCUGCAUCUGGAUUUUUGGCACAUCUCAAAAAUCGGCAUAAGCUUUGCGUGUUCCAGGCGUUUCAAGUAGCGCCAUUUUUGGAGUCCUAUUUGAAUUACUAUUUCACGCAGGAUAAUUGCGAAAUCCAAAUCAGGAGUAACUUUUACUCAAAAGACGGGAUCACAUAUGUUGGCGCUACGCCGGAAAACCCCGGCCAGCUUGCGGACGCUUUGAUUCGAUUCAAACUGGAACAUUCCCUGCUUUCCUGCCUUUUAAAACAGCAAAAAGAGGAUCUUUGCGCCCCUUUGGAACACGAAAAAUGCUUCAUAUGCAAUGAAGCUGCGGGGCAAUCGUAUCCGGAAUACCUUGCACACUUAGAUAAGUCGCAUGGGCUGGUUCUUGGUAAAGCAUAUAAUCUGGUCUUUUUGCCCGAAUUUAUCGCUGUACUGCGCAAUCGGCUUUUGAAAAAUUUAUGCUGCAUUUUUUGUGACAAUUGUUUUGAAAGCGUUGAUGCCGUGAAGACCCACAUGCAGGGUAAAAGGCAUGCUCGAAUCAAUCCGCUUGAUACCUCAUUUGACAAGUACUAUCUUAUCAACUACCAGGAUGACAAUUGGCACGGUGCCGUUGACUCCGACUCAAGCUGGGGUGAGUGGCAAGAGUCCGAUACGGAAAAAAUCAAAUGUCUGUUUGACGAUCAGGAUUUUAACGACUUUGACGACCUUUUUGAGGGCCACCUCCCCGAAAUCCAUGGGCUUGAUUUGAAAAAGAUUUCCCGCCAAUCUUUGCAUUCGUUUUAUGACCUUGUCAAAAUAAUCAACUAUUUGCGCGAACGGGUAUUGCUCGGCCUGCUGCUUUACCUGUAG